UGUGUGGGACAGACCCCGGGGCUGACCCCGGGACUGACCCGGCCAGGCCAGAGCCGCUGCCCCCCAACCCCCGGUGCUGCCGAUUUACCGGGCAUCCUGCGGGACAAACAGUAUUCCCUUUUCCCGCGCUGCCUCCGGCUGCUGUGGGGAAGGAAGGCGGUGGCCCCGGAGGGCAGCCCGGCUCCGAGCGUGGCGUCCGCUCUCCCUGCUGGAGAGCCUCUCCUGGCUCUGAGCAGCGCCGUCUUUGAUUCUUCGGGGGGCUCAUCUCAAAGUGUAACUUAGAAAAGCUUUACGACCAGUGGAAGAAAAUGUCACAUAAAAGCUCUAAGGUAAUCAAGAAAGUAAACGUUUCUAGCUCCUUGGAAUCUGAGGAUAUCAGCUUGGAAACCACAGUACCAACCGAUGAUGUUUCUUCCUCUGAAGAGAGAGAAGGUUCUGUAAAAAUCACUAAGCAGCUGAUUGAACGGAAGGAGUUACUCCAUAAUCUUCAACUGCUUAAAAUAGAAUUAUCGCAAAAAAACUUAAUGAUUGACAACUUGAAAGUUGAAUAUUUGACCAAGAUUGAGGAGCUAGAGGAGAAGCUUAAUGAUGCGACCCAUCAAAAGCAGCUGUUGUCUUUACGACUGGAUAGUCAGUUGGCAUUACAGCAAGAAGAUGCCAGGAAACAUCAGGCUCUAAUGAAGCAAGAAAUGGAAACUAUUUUAUUGAGGCAGAAGCAACUGGAGGAAACAAAUCAUCAGUUGAGAGAGAGGGCUGGAGAUAUCCGUCGUAGCUUGCGAGACUUGGAAUUAACAGAUGAAUGCUAUGAGAAACUAAAGUCUCUUCCUGAAGAUCAGCUUUCUAUCCCUGAAUACGUUUCAGUCCGAUUCUAUGAAGUAGUCCAUUCCUUAAGAAGAGAGCUAAGUGAUCUACAGAUGAAAAAGGAGAGUCUAACAGAAGAACUAAAUGGGUACAGAUCACAACUGAAGUGUCUGGCAGAGAGCUAUGAAGAUGAGAGGAAGAGUCGGUCAGAGCUUGAGGUCAGAUGCCAGCGUUUAACACUGGAACUUGCUGAUACCAAGCAGUUGAUUCAGCAAGGUGAUUACCGACAACAGAACUAUGAUAAAGUAAAAUGUGAACGUGAUGUAUUUGAGCACGAAUUGUCAGAACUAAGAAGAAACUAUGAAAUACUGGAGGUAUCAUACAAAACACAAACUAAAGAAAGAAACGAUUUAGCAAAAGAGCUGGCAACCAUACAACAAUCCCUCAACUUGUUGCAAAAAGAUAAAGAUUAUCUUAAUCGCCAGAACAUGGAGCUUAGUGUUCGCUGUGCACAUGAAGAAGAUCGUCUUGAAAGACUACAGAUUCAACUAGAAGAUGCCAAAAAAGCUAGGGAAGAAAUGUAUGAAAAAUAUGUGGCAUCCAGAGACCACUAUAAAGCAGAAUAUGAAAAGAGACUCCAUGACGAGUUGGAACAAAUAAGGCUGAAAACAAAUCAAGAAAUUGAGCAACUAAGAAGCACCUCAAAAGAGAUGUAUGAACGUGAAAACAGAAAUUUGAGAGAAGCAAGAGAUAAUGCUGUUGCUGAAAAAGAGAGAGCAGUUAUUGCUGAAAAGGAUUCUUUAAGAAAAUACGAUCAACUCUUAGAACAGUAUAGACAAAUGCAACUUGGCACAGAAAGCAAAGUAGCUGAACUUAUUCACCAAAGUAAGUUAAAGUCCUUUGAAACUGAACAUGUUCAACUCAUGCAACAAGAAACAGCUAAGAAUCUUUCACAGUGCCAAAUGGAAUGUGAGAAAUACCAGAGGAAGCUGGAGGUGCUUACGAAGGAAUUUUACAGUCUUCAGUCUUCUAGUGAAACCCGAAUUAUUGAGCUUCAAACACAGAAUUCUGAGUUUCAAGCAAGACUAGAUACUUACGAAAAACUUGAAAAAGAGCUUGAUGAGAUAAUACUGCAGACAGCAGAAAUGGAAGAUGAAGUUGAAGCUGAAAGGGUUCUCUUCUCAUAUGGAUAUGGUGCUAAUGUUCCUACAACGGCCAAAAGAAGACUAAAGCAAAGUGUUCACUUGGCAAGAAGAUUAUUGCAGCUAGAAAAGCAGAACUCGAUGCUUAUAAAAGAUCUGGAACAUCAGAAGGAACAAGUAACAGAGAUUUCACAAGAGCUUGACAGAGCAAAUUCUUUGUUGAACCAAGCACAACAGCCAUACAAAUACCUCAUUGAAACUGUCCAACAGAGAGAUUCUCAAAUAAGUCUACAGAAAGAGCAUAUUACACAACUUGAAAAAGAUGUCAGUCUUUUAAAUAAAGAAAAGACAGCUUUGCUGCGUGUCAAGAAUCAAAUGGCAGCAGAUUUGGAGAGACUUCUAAAUGACCGUGAGGAACUAGCCACAAUGAAGCAGAUUAUUAUUACUCUACAUGGCAAACACUAUGAACAAAAUCUACCUCAGUCUCAUAUUGAUGUAAAAAGGGCAACUGGAAGAAGAUCAAACCCUUUAGUAAAACUGCUGCCAGAACACGAAGAAGAAAAUAUAUUUACACCUAAGCCAACAUUAUUUACAAAUAAAGAGGCACCUGUAUGGUACAAAAAACUGCAGAAGAAAGCUUCACCAUAGUAUUUCUCAAAAUUUAUUCAAAAUAAUCCUUUGGGGACCUUUUCUUUAAAGAAAGUUAUUUUCACCAUAAUGAUACCCAUUUUACAUUAGGUUAAAGCCCAUUUUGGUUUUAAGUAUUUCUUUUUUUAACUGUUGAAUAAUCUUGUGUUUCAUAAAAUAAUUUUUCUAGAUCUGUCAUGUGAAUAAAAUGUUUGAAAAUGAUGCAUGCAUGCAAUAAUUUUACUAACAUUUAUUUGAAUUUUAAAAGAUAAAUAAACACUAGUGUAUUGUACACAUUAUAAUCCAGGCAGUUAAAGGAUGUGUUAUUCAGAGUGUUCCAAAAAAUGUAUGUUUCAGCCUUUUUAUAUUGUUUUUCCUGGUCCCCACGUUUCAUGUCACAUUCCUUGUAACUAUUCUGGCUAAUGGAAAUUUUCAAAAUCUACAUGCAUUAAUAUCAAAGUAUAUCGUACUUUCUAUGAAGGAAAUUCAUGUCAGCUGGGAAAAAAAUUCUUACUGGCCUUGAUUUGUAGUUUAUCACUUGAUGACAUUUAUAUAACCAAACAGGCAUUAAAAAUACUUUAAAGAAGCAAUAAAAUACAUCUUAAUUACCAACACUAAUACUUAAUGGGCUAGACAGUAGUGUAGUUGCAUCAAUGUAAUAAUAAAAAUAGAACCAUGAUGGGUGAGGACUGUAGUGUGUAAUGGGGAAAUGGGAAACAAACCAUAUUUAAUUGUAUGAAAAUAAGACCAAAGUCCAAGAACACAUUCUGCUUGUUUAUUCUACUCCACCAUCUAUUCUGACUAUACAAAAGUUCUCUAAUUUUUCAAAGCAUUCUUGACUGCAUAUGGUACGUUUCUAUGAUUAACGUAAAUAUAGAUCUUUUAAGUACUGCAUACUGAAAAUAUUGCUCAGAUUUCAUUUAAGAGAAGGUUCCUUUUUCUUAGCACCUUUUUCCUUGACAACAUCUCUUAAAUUGAUUAUUUUUUCUAACCUGAACAUAAACAAUAAUUACUUAUUAUAAAAUACUGAGCUAUAUCAAGCUUAUGAUUCCCAGAUACACUUUUUUUUUCAUUUUCCAAACAGUUGAAGCACAGUAAUAAUUCCUCUGUUCCAGGAAAGCUUCAGUUUCCUUUUUUUUUUCCUUUUUCAUGUUCUGAGAGCAAGGUAAAAAUGCUGGCAUUGCACAUCACGGGUUCAAAAUUAUCAUUCUGUGAGUGAGGGAGGCCAAGGCGUAGACAGAGGUGAUAAUCUUUCAUUAGACUAACUGCUGUUCACUGGGGAAAAAAAUCACACAAACUUUUGGGCUCAUAAAGCUUCAGUACAGUGAUUUCUGAGUGACUGGUUUCCUGAAGUCUGGGUUUUAUCUAACACAUAUUUUUAUGUGACUAGGAUCCUGAACUUCUAUCUCUUUUAGCUCCCAUAUGUAGAUACUAAUUUUGUAGAUUUUAAUAGAUAAUUUAUAUUAUUCAGUCCAUAACUGAACAUCCUAUACUAUUCUGUUUGUCUGUUAUCAAUGAAUAAUUAAUAAAUUGUAUUAGGUAGAAGGACUGUGAGCUAUUAAGCAAGAUACUAGUUGGAAUCUUAAGUAUUUACAAUUUGUUUUCCUAUGGUAUCUUUAUAGACAAAUUGGUGAGAUAAGACUGUAAAGUGGGUGACACACCCACCUGAACAAAACAUGAUCAACAUUGCCAUGUCCUGCUGGAAUAGUGUCAUCCCGUGGCAAGUUCACAGGCAAUACCAGAUUUGAGGGAAUAGUCUAUACAGUGGAAGGAAAAGUCUCAGUGGAUCUCAACAGGCUGGAAAUUGGGUCAACAAGAACUGUAUGAAGCUCAACUAAAGCAAUUGCAGUCCCACAUCCAGGAUGUAAUAACCCCAUAUGCCAAUACUGCUGCAAAGCAGCUUGACAGAAACAGACCUUAAGGUCCCAAUGGACAACAAAUGGAAUAUGAGUCAGUAAUGUGCCAGCCAACCACAUCCUGGAUGGUUAUUACCAACAGGAUAGCCAGCAGAUGCAGGGAAGGGAUCCUUCCCUUCUGUUUGGUACAUGGGAGGUCACAUCUGGAGCCUUGCAUCCAGUUUUGGGCUUGUUCAAGAAAGGCAUUGACAUAUUGCAGUGGGUACAGCAGAGUUACCAAGAUGGUCAUGGGCUGAAAGACCUGAUGUAGAAGGGGAGGUGGAAAGAAUUGGACUUGUAAAUUGUUAAUAUCAGAGGAACUUGUAGUCUCCAACUACCAAAUAGGAUGGUACGGAGACAAAAGAACCUGACUAUGAGCUCAGAGGUGCACAGCAGUAGUGCAAGAGACAAUGGACACCAGAUGGAGCACUGGAAAACUCAAUUAGCCAUUAUGAAAAAUGCUUUUACUGUAAGGAUGGUCAAGUACUGGAACAGGUUGCCUAGAGAGGUGAUGGAAUCUUCAUCCUUGGAGAUGUUCAGAACUCAACAGACUCCUGAGCAAACUGCUAUGAUUGGACCUGACUUUGAAAUGAACUAGAUGACUGAUUUUCAGAAUUCCAGUUAAAUUACACUGUGAUGUUAUUCCUAAAUAAUCUGAUUUCAGAUAUUGACAUUUAUUCACUUUGUACCAUCCAAAAGGCAAAAUUCUGUUUAAUUCUUCCAUGGAAAUGCGAUACACAGGAAUAUUUUUACUCUUAGAGAAUAACUGUGCAUUAUAGAUUUCUGUGUCCUCCAGGACUGAUUUUCUUAGAAGGCUGACAGAAAAUUGGGCUUUUUUUGUGGCGAAAUUUUAUUGAUAUUUAAACAGUUCUUCAGAUGACAAAGUUACUUAAUCUGUCAAAGGGUUGUGGUUUUUAGGGUUUUUUAUAAUUAACAAGGUCCAUCUUUAAAUGUGCAAAAAUAAAAGUAAUUUAUUAGAAUAUACUGAUAACACACAAUGCUGUUGGUAAAUUCUUGCAAUACAUAUGGUCCUUGUGUAAAUCUCCUCAAUAUGCUGGGGUUUUUUUUUAGUUGAAGACUGUAUUUUUCCUGAGAUUCUUCACUAGACUGCAAGGCUAUAAUUAAUUAUCUAGGAGGAGACCUUCUAAGCUUCUCAUGAGAAAGCCAGAAUGUCACUUAAAUAUAACUAUUCAAACGUGAGAUGCCUGACAUCAAAAAUUGAUGAAGCUUUUUGCUCUUCAUGUAAUGAAAAGGCUCAGUUGCAGUACCUGUACAACACUUUUACUGGUGUUCUUUCCCACAAACACAGCUGUCAAAUUAAUUAUUUCAAAAUUAUUCUUCAUGGUCUUUGCAGUCUCUAUUGUCACAGGUCUUGUGUCAAUGAUGUGUGAGUCAAAAAUAAUGAAGUAGAGAAAUUUUGAAGGGUAGUCAUGCAUUUAAGCAACUUGUGACUGAAGUGCCCAACCCACAUAAUCAUCUUCAGUUCCUCUUUUUCAAACCUAAGGGAGCAAAGCCAAAAAAAAUCUCUAUCUGCUAUUACAUUUCUUGGUACAUUAAGCAGGUGUUACUUAAGUGAUAAGUUUUGUAAAUACAUGGGUUGAACAGGAAAGAAAGAAAGACAGUGCUUUAGAACAGGUUAGGAUUUUAGGGGUUUUUUAACACUGUAAUUGCUUUCUCAACUUUCUGUCCCUUGUCUGAAGCCAAGAAGCUCUAGUGUAUCAAAGUAAUCUCUUGUUUGAGGAAAAAACUGAAAACACAAUUGCUUUUUUUAAUAAGGACCUAAACUUUUAAGGCUUACUGCUGAAUCCUGUGGUCAUAAUUCACUGGCACUGUAGUUUCUAAAUAUUUCCUGUACAAAGAAACAAUAUGUCUUUUUGAUUUGUAGUCUUCAUUCCCCUCAAGUCUUUCUGUACAAAACAGCAAUGAAACCUUUUAAAAGAGGAACAUCUGUGAAUUCAGAUAUCAAUUGAGAAUUUGUCAGUAUCACUGGGAUACAAUUUCCUACCUCUUACACAUUAGCUGUUAUUCUCUGUUUCAGUUACACUUUUUUGUGAUACCUAGUUCCAGCAAAAAAAGAGGAACACUUAACAUCUAUUAAACCUCUGACAUCUGCAAGAUGGUCAGACAGAGUUCUUUUACUCCUGGUAGGCAUUCAUUAACUUCCAUGUCUUUGAAAGAAGUGACUCAGAGAGCAUGACAUUGUGGAAACAAAUUACUACCUUUUGAAGAAGUAUUUAUGUUAUUAUGUGUAUGUGUCUCAAUCAAUUGUCAGUCUAUAGCACAUUUACAUGAAAACAGAUUUAUACACAGCAUUUGAGUCUGUAGCAUCCUGUCAUCCUUCAGGGUUGUUCUUAUUAAGGAGGUCUACCGAGGAAAGCUUUUCUCUCCCUGUUAACAUUACAUUUAAUAGAUCAAAUGCCAGACUUCUUACUGAGUCAAAGAAAUGUAUCCCUGGUAUUUUCUUAUACCAAAGAAUAUGAAGAAUCUAUAUUCAUUCUCGACCUUUGAAAAUGAAACAAGUAUCUCUAGAAGAUCAAGUUUUGCUUAGUGUCUUUGGGCAAUAUUAUCCCCUUCUUAAAUUCCUGGGAUUGACUGGGAACUCUUGACCUUUAAAACGCAUAGUUCUGCAGCUUAAUUAAGGCAGUUACACUUAGGGUAUUUCAGACUGAAGCUGGGCAGCAAUUGGCAGCAGCUGAGGGUGCCAACUCUUGGGGGGCAGCAUUGUGAGCAGAAAUGGACAGCAUUUGGGAAUUGUGGAAGAGUGAGUGGCAAGUACUGCAGAAGCUUCUAGCAGUAGAAGAAAUAGGUAUGACUCUUCAUAGAUGUUAGACCCUCUGCAGCUCUUUUAAGCCCUCUGCUGACAGCACAAGAACCACAAACUUUCUUCCAGAGUUCAUUUUGUGGAGUUCCCUGUGUUUCUUUCCUCGCUGAUAAGUUUUCCAUAUAAGUAAAUACCUGUGGUUUUUGUUUCUUGGUUUUUCUUUUUAGAGAGCAAAAGAGUUCUUUUUCUCAGGACAUUUGAACUAGGUUUAAAAAAAUCGUGUAUUUCAAUUAGCUUACCCUUUAAAGGAUGGAGGGGACAAAAACUGCCAGCAAAUUUCAUCCUCAUGAAAGGAGCAAAUGGCAGAAGUAUUAAAUGUAAGAAGUUAGGAUUGAUCAUGGAAAUAGCCUUUACUCAAAAACUUAACAUGUUUUCACAGACUAUGUGCCCUUUUUGAAGAUACUACAGAAAUAACCACAGUAAAAGAGAAUGCCGCUUUGACUGUAGCAAUAGAAUCAACUUUGUUUGACCAUGAAUAAUUGAAGUCUUUGUGUUAAUGCUCCUUUUAAGGGAGUAGUGGAUCAGUAAAUGUAACUUAAUUGCAGGAAAAGUCUUAUGGAUGGAAUUUAUGACUGUAUUUCAGUGCAAGUCUUUUCAUUUUUCCUUUUGGUUCAAUAGAAAAAGGAUUACUUAGAUUAUUCAGUGUUGCAGCUGAAACUGUUAGCAAUUCCCAGUGGUCCUGUUUUUCGUGAUUUUAGAGAUACAUAUUGUGGCAUGUAAGACUUGCUUUCUUACUCAGUUCUUUAAAAGAAUUCUUUCUUUGUGCAUUAUUGUUAGGUAAUGCUUGACUUCUGUGAGGGAAUUUACAUAUGCAGUGGGUUUUAAACAGGACUGUUACCUAAGUGCACUGGUCCUUUUUAGAAAAAAGAGUUGAAAAUAUUCCCACUGAGUUCUCUCUGAGACCUUGAGAGAGGGUUGAUUCUGUGCCCAAGCUUUCUCACGCUCCCCAUUGCUGGUACAGGGCUACAGAUACAGGAGACCUAUCACUCUGUUUCACAGGACUGUGGUUUCCAAGCAGUGUAAACACAGAUUCACACAUUGUCAUCUGCAGCUACAUGUAAGACAUUCACAAGAAAAAUAUUACUCAUCUCCUUCGUAGUACUGUGGGAAGUCUAAGCAAGGGGAAAAUGCAAUAUUUUCGUGCAGCCUAUUCUCUUGCCACCUUUUCCUUCCUGGUUAGCAUAUAAAUAACAUUUAGCAAGUCUUCAUUUUUGGACAUUUGAAUGGAAGCAGUUUGCAAGUCCUGCAAGGGGGACUAAGUCCUUUUUUUUCAUAUACUUCAUCAGACAUGUUCUGUGUUCAGGUACUGACCUGAUAGUUUCUAAAAGAGCAUUGGACACCACUUAUUUCACAUUAAUCUUUGUUUUACUAAUUUAUUAUUUAAAUACUAAGUCCCCAGAAUCGACUCAGUAUUUAUGAGUAACAGAGUACGUGCCUGAAAGUAACAACAAGCAAUAAAGGAACUAAUAUGUCAAUGACUUGAGUCUUACUGAAUUAGCACAUUCCUUGUCAUUUUGUGUCAUUUCUUUCAUUAUUGCAGUAAUUAACAUUGCAGAAUUGCAUUUGUGCCAUUCAUCAGGGAAUGGAGAACAAUAACAGUGUUUACCAGCAGCAGGAGGGAGCUUACCUUUCUUUCUCAACCCCAUGAAAUCUCUGCAGGCUAAGCCAGGGUGCCCUCCUACACAAUGGAGACUGUCUUAAACCUCCCUUAGGGAAACUUGAGUGAGCUGAUUAGAUCUCUUGUCCAAGAAAGCCAAAUACCCAAUCCUAUGAAAUAUAGCGGUUUUUCAUUCUGACGCACCAUUUCACAUCUGGGCAGGCUGAAACCUUUGUCAAAUAGAUUUACACCAUGAUAGUAAUUCUAAGAUAGCUGAGUGAUUUAAAAACAAGUACAGAAUAUUUUCAAUCCAUUAAACCAUGUGAAACUACAAAGAAACAAACUAUGUA